AUGCCCAAGGAGCGCAAAUCUCUCCAGUUCCCAAAGUUCCUGAUUCCCUCCCUGUUUCCCAAACGAAAAGCGGGGCAUUCAGACUCCGCGCCAAAGUACCUCAACGGCCAUGCCUCCUACCUGCGCUGCGCCGGCUGCGCCUCACACCUCUGCCUGACCUCUCAAAUAAUCAGCAAAGGAUUUACAGGCCGCCACGGCCGAGCCUAUCUCGUCUCAGCGGAGCCCGUAGCCACAGCCGUGUCAGUCAGCGCGUCAUCGUCGCCUACGGUCUCACUACCCAAUACCACACUACAACACCCGGUACCGCGCCAGCUUGUGACAGGUGCACACACAGUCAGCGAUGUGAGCUGCAAAUUCUGUGAUAACGUUUUGGGUUGGAAAUAUGUCGCUGCGGAGGAAGAGUCCCAGCGAUACAAAGUCGGGAAGUUCAUUCUAGAAACGAAGAAGAUCAUCACUUCUUCGUGCUGGGAGUCACCGCCAAAUGUCCAUCCUGACCUGGCGGAAGGUCAGUCAGGGGCUGAGUCGGCUCAUGCAGAGGCCGAAUUUGAUAGCCAAGACGAGGAUGAGUGUGAGGAUCUCUUUGCUGGCAUCUGGAGCCCGGGGCUUGCUGCCCGACGCAGGAAUCGCAAAAUUGAACGUCGGCCUGCUAUGUUUGGCAUCUCAUGA